AAGCGGGCGGUCGCAAGCAGUGCAGCUUCGUCGUUGGGCCGCCGGAAGCAAGUCUCCACCGACGCCGGCGGCGGCCGCUGUGGUGGUCGGGAGGUGGAGGAUGGCCUCUUCUUCCGGGUCCAUAAUGCUCGGAAUGGUCCGCCAUUGCUGCUUCGAGUAAGCUUCUGCAGAAGAAGAGGGAAAGCUGCAAUGCAGAGGAUGGCGAGCUCAGUACCCGCAGACAAUUCUCAGUAUACACACACUCCAUUUUACUGUGAGGAGAACGUGUACUUUCUCUGCAAGAAGUUGAUCGAGGAUGGGGUAGCAAAUGCUGAUGGAUCUGACCUCUUCGUGGUUUUCAUAUCCAACGACAAGAAACAGGUUCCGCUGUGGCAUCAAAAGGCGAGUGCGAGAGCCGACGGAAUCGUGCUCUGGGACUAUCAUGCCAUAUGCGUUCAGAGAAAACGAGGUGAAUCGUCCGCAGUAGUGUGGGAUCUAGACUCCAAUCUUCAAUUUCCUUGCCCUUUAGCAUCCUACGUGGCAGAAACAAUCCGUCCAUCGUUUCAAUUAUUUUCUGAGUACGAAAGGUUCUUCCGGGUCGUGCAUGCCCCGAUGUUUCUCCGAAGCUUUGCAUCUGAUAGGAGACAUAUGAGAGACUCUGGCGGUAACUGGGUUGCUCAACCCCCAUCAUAUGAUCCCAUUAUCGCUGAAGAUGGAGCAGUACACAAUCUAAACGAGUACGUGGAGAUCAGUGGUCGUGAUGUGGUCGCAAACUUAGAAGCUGAUGCAAACAGUUCAGUAUAUACGCAAAGACUUGGUAUCAUGAUGAACGAAAAUCAAUUGGAGGAGUUCUUUUCUAAGAUUUGAUAUUCAGCGCAGUUUCCGAUCAGCGAGUGCUCAUGCAAGAGGUCCUUAGAUUUUUAUUCAUUGCGUGAAGGCAUUCAGUUGCUUUGCCUCGAGAUACGGGUCGUAUGAUGCUUGCUUAAGAAGGAAGAGUCCCUAGAAGUUGUUUGAAAGGGAGAGUUGAUGGUUUGGAUUUUUGGUGGCAGAGAAACAUUCAGCAAGUGCCUCAAGUUCUUACCAAAACAUACAAUGGGGAACUUGGCUUUGUCGAAUUGAUAGUUAUGGCGAGAAAGUUGCGCAGAUUGAAUGGCGCUGUUUUUCUCCUGGUUUUACAUAGAGGUUUGCACUGUUUUGCGACGAUUCUA